AUGUCGGCAGGACACACGGCGGAGCAAUUGCAGGAACUGCGACGCAUCCUUUUGCUGACCGUCUAUGGGAACACCUUGAAUCAGCUGAUUCUGCAACAGCGUUCACAGCGUUUGAAUGCCAGGAAACCACUCACGCUGCCCGCUUCCCUGCGCCGACGACGCAGUUCGUCGCUGGGGGAGCAGGAGAAACCGGAAAGAGUCCUUAUUACGGGCAAGGUCCUUCCUAGACUCGAAUCUCUGCUGGGCGAAAACGAGAACGAUGCCGAUCAGCUGGACGAAGAUGUCCUGAAUGCCCUGAAAUUCGAAAGGGAUAUGGAUGCCCUGAGAACGAUCUUCGAAGUGGCCAUGAAUGAUCCGGAAUUGGCAGAGAAAAAUAUUGAAAAGGAUCUAGAUUUUAAGGAGGAGGAGGGUCAGGAUGUUCAGGAAGAGGAAUUGGCAAGUAAAGUAGUCACUUCCCAGGACUAUGAUGAUAUGAAAAUUAUGGAUCUGCAAAUUAAUGAAAAGGAAAGUUCAUUUGAAGAUGAUGUAGAUCUCGAAGAAGCAGACAAGGAAGUGGCUACCCUGGAAGCUGACAAAGAUGAGGCAACCCUGGAAGCUGACAAAGAUGAGGCAACCUUGGAAACCGAUAAAGGUCUGGAGGACCUUAAGCAAGCCAUAGCUGCCUUGGGUGGCAACAAGAGCGAGGAGUCCCAGGCUGCCCAGCAACUCCAAGAAUCCAAGGACGAACUAAAGCAACUAAGAGAAGAUCUCGAGACGGAGAAGCGGACCACCAAGGACAAGCUGCAGGAUCUUGAGGAGCGCAUAGCCGACACCAAGUACAAGCUGCGCUGCGUGUCGCGGGUCAAUGACCUCGAGUACAGUUUGGUGCAACGCUGGGAGGAGGGUCGCCUGGCCCAGGGAACCAUUUGGGGUGAAAAUGCCGAACGGGCCUAUUUACGCGAUAUCCUGGACAUUAAACAGAAGUUGGCGCGUGAGGAGCGGGUGAGUGCCGAGCUGCGCUCCUUUCGCCAGCGGGAAAUCCUGGAACUGCAUUCGAAAAUCAAGGAGUGGCAGGAGCGGUAUGUCAGCGAGAUGCGAAGGGUGGAUCGCGAGGCGGAGGCCUGGGAGCUGCGCAUCCUCGAGCAGAAGAAGCUCCUGCAAAAGCACAAGGAGAUCUACGAGGAACGGAUGACCUAUGUCCGGGAGUAUCGCGCCCAGAAGGCCGAGGAGCAGCGCCUGUUGGACCUUCAGAUUCACCGCAUCGAGUGCGCCGUAAGAUUGCAGGCCUGGUGGCGCGGCACCAUGGUAAGACGCGGUCUGGGACCCUUUAAGAAGAAGCCCAAACGCGGCAAACGAGGCAAGCCCAAGAAAUAG